UGUUGAUUCCGGGGAAAUGAAAAUGUCCUCUGGUGUUAGCUGGUUAGCCUGUUAGCCGCUACCUGUCGGUCUGUUUGUGUUGUUUCUACAGUUUUUAUUGUGUGUCUUGUGUCUCCGUGUGUUUGUUCCGUGUUGACCGGAAACAGAAACAGUUAAAACAAGGAGACGUUUCCGGUUUAAGCGACGUUUGUUCAACUUCAGCUGCGUUUAACGUUAGCAUUAGCGUUAGUUAGCCGUGGUGAGUUCAGGGUCCGUGAUUUCUUUUUACUCAUUCACUUUUGUCUAGAACAGCGCCACCUGCAGGACAAACUGCACACCAGCAACACGGUCUACAGCUACGCCGAGGAGGACAGGCGACGACAGGCGACGACAGGUGAGGUGAAGAUGGACAAAGUGAGGAGGAUCCUGGUUUAUGUUUGUAAAGACCGAGCGUCUCCACAGCGAGCUCAGUUUGUUCAGAGUGUAACAGGUUACUUCAGUGAUGAUGAUGAAGAUCAGGUGGAGGUGAAAUGUUCUCUGGACAAAAACCGUCUCGUCCUCUUCAGAGGAGACGGAGGACAAGGGGGAGGAGUCACACUGAAGAGGCCCGCCUUCUGCCCCAUCAAGCACCUGUCCGUCACAGAGGCAGCUGCCAUCCCAUUGGACGUCCAGCAGCGUGGCGUGGAUGUGGGCGUGGCCAUACUUCUGCAGACAGCCAAUCAGAGAGUGCUGCUGACUCGCCGGGCGAAGGAGCUGCGUAUUUUUCCUAACGUGUGGGUUCCUCCAGGUGGACACAUGGAACCAGACGAGACGCUGCUGGCUGCUGGUCUCAGAGAGUUACAGGAGGAAACUGGACUGAGUCUUGAACCAGAAGAGGUUUGUCCAAAGAUCCUGGGACUGUGGGAGUCAGUGUAUCCUCCCAUGUUGUCCUCAGGUCGUCCUCAGAGACAUCACAUUGUCGUCUACAUGCUGCUGCACUCGUCCCUCUCUCACCUGCAGCUUCAGGCGUCCCUCCGCCCGUCACCUGCUGAGGUCAGCGCGUGUCUGUGGGUGGACGACCGUCUGGUCAGAGCCAUCGUGUCGGCGGUGGACGGAGAGGACGGCGACGUGGACCUGGACGACCUGCCGAGCACCAUCAGUGUGUCUCAGGUGUCUGCAGACGCAGCUGCUCUCACCAUCUCUUCUCUGCCGCUCGAGGCGCUGGUUCGCCGGGCGCCGGCGAGCGGCCCGGACGUGGAGCGGGUCAGCACCGGAACCAAGUUUGCCCUGGAGCUGUGGCUGAGGAGCCUGACCUCUGACCUCUGACCUCUGACCUGUAAACCUGUCAUUCAAAUUCUAUAUUUUCUUUUUGUUAAUAAAUCAUGAACAGAAAUUACUCUUUAACAAAUGAAUUUUCAUUCACACACACACACGUACACACACAUGCACACACACACACGUAUACACACACGCACACACACACACAUACAUACCCGUCUGUCCAUUGAAAGUGAAUGAAUUGACACGUUAGAGGUUUGAGGUUUUGGUUGUUUUGUGAAAAUGUGCCUGAAAGCUUCAACGUGGGAAUCGAACGGUAAAAACUACACCCAUGGUGGAGAAUAUCGUACACUGGAACUUAGCUGCCUGUGAAGCGAGCGACAUGGUCAUUGAUGGAAAUACGUUUCAUCAUAUGUUGCUAUACUGUAUGCGUCGAAUUGUGUUUGUUGUAUGGUUACAUUAUUAACCUUGUAUUGUGUUGUUCUGCCGCUGCCUUAUUUUGGGACAUUUUAUAUUUUAAUUUUAUUUCUUUUCAAAUAUCAAAUCUGUGUAACAGCCCUCAGAUUGUUGGGUUGUUGAUUCAGGCCGACUGUCCCGUUGCAAGCCAGAGUAAAGCUAUAAAAGCC